UCUGUCACCCUCUCUGGCCGGCCAGUGAAAGCACCGCCGUCCCCGUCUUCCUCCUCCUACUCUCAGCCAUGUCUAUAUUCAGCGAUGUCCCGCAAGCUCCUCCGGUGGCGGUCUUCAAGCUGACGGCGGACUUCAGGGAGGACAGCCACCCGCAGAAGGUGAACCUCGGAGUCGGAGCGUAUCGGACUGACGACUGCCAACCCUGGGUGCUGCCAGUGGUGAAGAAGGUGGAGAAGCUGAUUGUGGAGGAUAGCAGCCUCAACCACGAGUACCUGCCCAUCCUCGGUCUGCCUGAGUUCCGCUCCGCCGCCUCCAAGGUUGCCCUGGGAGACGACAGCACUGCCAUCAAGGAGAACAGGGUGGGUGGAGUCCAGGCUCUGGGUGGGACCGGUGCGUUGAGGGUCGGCGCAGACUUUCUGCGACGCUGGUACAAUGGGACGAACAACACUGCCACCCCCGUCUACGUGUCAGCACCCACCUGGGAAAACCACAAUGGUGUGUUCGCUGAUGCUGGGUUCAAAGACAUCCGGCCCUACCACUACUGGGAUGCUGCCAAGAGGGGUCUGGACCUGGACGGGCUUCUGGACGAUCUGGAGAAAGCUCCAGAGCGUUCCAUCUUUGUCCUUCACGCCUGUGCACACAACCCGACCGGCACCGACCCGACCCAGGAGGAGUGGAAGAAGAUCGCAGAGAUCAUGAAGAGGAGGAACUUGUUUGUGUUCUUUGACUCGGCCUACCAGGGCUUUGCCUCUGGCAGUCUGGAUAAAGACGCCUGGGCCAUUCGCUUCUUCGUCUCCGAGGGCUUUGAGCUCUUCGUGGCUCAGUCCUUCUCCAAAAACUUUGGCCUUUACAAUGAGAGAGUGGGAAACCUCACAGUCGUUGCCCAGGACAACGAGAACCUGACCCGCAUCCUGUCUCAGAUGGAGAAGAUCGUCAGGACAACCUGGUCCAACCCACCAUCCCAGGGAGCCCGCAUCGUCAGCAAGACCCUCAACUGCCCUGAGCUGUUCUCUGAAUGGAAGGGGAAUGUGAAGACCAUGGCAGACCGGGUCCUGUUGAUGAGGGAUCAGCUAAAGACCAAGCUGCAGGAUCUGGGCACCCCGGGGACCUGGGACCACAUCACCCAGCAGAUCGGCAUGUUCAGCUUCACUGGCCUGAACCCCAAACAGGUGGAGUAUAUGAUCAAAGAGAAGCACGUGUACCUGAUGGCCAGCGGUCGUAUCAACAUGUGUGGCCUGACGACCAAGAACAUCGACUAUGUGGCUCAGUCCAUCCACGAGGCCGUCACCAAGGUCCAGUAAAGGCGUCUCCACUCCGCCCACUUCCUGCCUCCUGUACGCCACAGGAAGUACGUCAUGUCCCUGUGCUCCGAUCCCCCUCUUCUCGUCCUCUCCUCUGAUUGGUUAAACUGUGGCGGUUGAACCAAUUAGAGGACGGACAUCUUUCUGUUCUCACAUGAAGGUCUAAACCUUUGGGAGGUGCAAUGAUUUUAGAAAGACACUUGAAAGGACACAUCAUCAUGUCCGGUCUAUGAAAUUCACUGUAUCUUUUGUUAGCUUCAUAUUGGACAACGGUUGCAUGUUUAACAAAAUUAUUGUACUUCCUGAGUAAUUUAUGCUGCUUAACUGGGUCAAACAUUGUCUUAUUUGUUGUAUUGAGCAAACGCCAGCACAGGUAAAUUGUAUAUAGAGAUAAUCGCUGUUAGAGGUCCUGCUAUUUCUGGGAAAAGUGGUUAAAAACGCUUGCUUCACUGGAGUCUGCAGCGACAAAUGUCUCUGAGAACAACAUUUUUUCUCGUCUAGUAAUAAUCAUCUGAUACUGUAGUGUGGAUUCCUUAGCUCAGACUAGCACACUGUUGGUUUUAACUUUAGACAUGAUAAAUUCCAAAAGCACUGAGGAGCCACUAGUGGGAACAACAGUCCUCAUACUGACACAUAAUAGUCGGUGCGUGCCUGACGUCAUAGCUGUUGCCUUGUCAGACGAGUCCAGCCGCCUGGAAGACGCUCAGAGAUGGUUUAACCUCCACUGUGCCAACGGUGAACAAACCCUCCUGCCCCCCCUCAUGUUACUGACCACCCUACAGUGCCCUUAUUGUGUUACUGAAUGCCUCUGUUAAGCCUCUCUGAUCACAGCCCGAGCCUCACACAGACACACUCCCAUGACGUGGAGCUGUUUUAAUGGCAUUCAACCGUAUAUGUGUUCAUACAGAAAUAAAUUAUAAACCACUGGAACAAAAACCUC